AUGAAGAACACACGAGCACCUGUGCUGAGCCUCCUUCUUCUGGCGCUGAUAAAAGCACCAGUCUCCAACGGGUCUCCUGCCAGUGAGCCUUUGCAUCUCAACAGCAACUAUGGACCGGACACCCCCAUUGUGACAAUCAGCCCCCCAAACCAAGUCUAUUUUGUGGGAGCAGACGUCACUAUGUCUUGCUCUGCACAGUCCAAUCCUCCUGCUGUCUACCAAUGGGCAUUUAACGGAGUCUAUUAUAACGGAUCAGGUUCAGAGCUAGCCAUUAAUCUCCUUCAGCUGGACAACACUGGAAACUAUACCUGCAGGGCUUAUAACAAUAUAACCCACAGAUACGCUGUGGUCACACAAGAGCUCUCUGUUGUGGCACCGAUAACUACAGUGGCUGUAUCUCCCAACCAAGCACAGCCAAUUGAAAACAAGGCAUUCAGUCUGAGCUGUGACGUGUCUGGGACUGCUGACUCAAUGCGCUGGCUGAAAGAUGGUCAGCCUCUGUCGACUAAUGAGAGGAUAACAUUGUCUGGAGAGAACAGCACUGUCUCCUUCAACCCAGUCCUGCAGUCUGAUAACGGCACAUAUCAGUGUGUAGCUUCUGACCUUAUCAGUGUAAUGGUUAGUCUGGGAUACACACUGGUUGUCAAUUAUGGACCAGAGCAAGUCUCUAUUUCAGGACCUGAUGCAUAUCCUGUAGACUCAACAGCGUCGUUCACGUGUGCUGCGCUCUCUCAUCCCCCCUGUGAAUACACCUGGUUAUUCAAUGGGAAAGAAAUUGCACAGGGCUCAGUUUUCACAAUAAGUCCUGUAAUGCCAGCCAGCGUUGGGAGUUACACUUGUGAGGCCUUCAACUCAGUGACAGGAAAGAAGGCUUCUUCUUCCGGAAAGGAAUUUCAAUUGACUACAAAUGUCUCCCAACCCACAGUCCGUUCCAAUGUGACUAAUCCAGUGGAGUUCAAUGACACUGUCAGUUUGACCUGUACAGCCUAUGGCUCUGCUGUCUCCUACCGAUGGUUCAAUGGCAGCUCUGUGCUUAGUGACAGUGAGCGGAUUCACCUGAGUGAUGACAAUAAAACACUGACCAUACCCAGGGUGUUGAGAUCUGAUGAUGGGACCCUGUAUUGCUAUGUGUUUAACGUUGCCAGCAACAGCACCAGUGAGCCGUUUCAUCUCGUUGUGAACUAUGGGCCGGAUGCCCCAGUUGUCAUUAUCAGCCCCCCAAACCAAGUAUAUUUUGUAGGAGUAGACCUCACUAUGUCCUGCUCUGCACAGUCCUAUCCACCUGCUAUCUACCAAUGGGCAUUUAAUGGAUUCUACUUUAAGGAACUGGCCUCAGCACUGUCAAUUACACAACUUAGCAUGGACAAUGCUGGAAGCUUUACCUGCAGGGCUUAUAACAAUAUAACCCACAGAUACGCUGUGGUCACACAAGAGCUCUCUGUUGUGGCACCGAUAACUACAGUGGCUGUAUCUCCCAACCAAGCACAGCCAAUUGAAAACAAGACAUUCAGUCUGAGCUGUGACGUGUCUGGGACUGCUUACUCAAUGCGCUGGCUCAAAGACGGUCAGCCUCUGUCGACUAAUGAGAGGAUAACAUUGUCUGAAGAGAACAGCACUGUCUCCUUCAACCCAGUCCUGCAGUCUGAUAACGGCACAUAUCAGUGUCUAGCUUCUGACCCUAUCAGUGCAAUGAUUAGUCCAGGAUACAAACUGAUUUUCAAUAACCCUAAUGGUUCUGCUUCCUUGGCAUCUGGACAUGCAGUAGAGGUGGUGAUUGCUGUUCUGGUUCUUCUGCUUUGUGUUUCAGGUUAAAAUGCUGCAGAUUCAUGAAUCACAAAAAAAACCCUUCAGAGUAUGACUGGAAGAGUAGCAUGUUUUAUUUACUGUGAAAUGAGGCUUGAUUGCUUGAGUUAUUGCUUACACUACCUGAUAAUUAUGGAGCUCUCCCACCGACUUGUGGUUGUGAUCCGAGCACAGAAGACUACGCCUGCACAGCUCAUAUUUCUAGCUAUAUUGUGAUGCAGUACCUCAGCUCUGUAACUGCUUGUCCGAGCGAGUCUGGCUCUCUUGCACAAUGGUUAAGAUUUUGCCUGGCAGGCUCAGUCCCUGUCUGGGGGUUACCUCGUCCUUCCAUUCCCCGCGUCCGCAUUAGGAAGACCGGCCCAACCAGAAUGCUUGGAUGUCUGUUGAGCUGCCACUACAAGGUCGCAGUGUGAGACAAACUGAAACCAGUGUGGCACGCAAUGACAGACUAGGUGUUGUGUAGACAUGCUGGAGUUAGAAAUAUAUAAUCAACACUUUCUCUAAUGACACAUAUUUUAUAUGUUUUUAACAUUUUUUAUAUGUUGUAUCUUUUACUUAAAUGAACGGAUUUUAAACACAACCUAAGCAAGGGAGUUGACAAUGAAAACACAAUGGAAAAUACAUUUGCAAAUGCUUGCUGGUCUGAUUCCUUAAAGUUGUAACCUAAUCCCAAAUAAUAAUAAUAAAAAUGAAUCACAAACUCUGACAAACACCCUCAGUCCUUCAAAUUCAAAUGUCUCUGCUGAAUGGUGUGGAUCCCUGGAUUUAAAAACAAUGAUCAGUAUUUGUAUUUUUAUGUUUAUGUUAAGUCCCCUUAUUCAUAGUUAUAUUUAGUUUAAUAUAUUUCAUAUUAGAAGUGUUAAUAAAAUCUACACAAAAAUGCACCAUAAGAAGUCCUCCGAUAUUGUUACAAUUAUUAUUUUUCUAUAAAUGACUACAAAACUGGUAUGCAUAGGACAACGAUGUGCACAGCAUCUACAGCAUGUACCUUUGGGAAAUCAUUUGAAUUCUAAAGGUUUACUGUUGGAUGACAUUUAAAUGUUUAAACUCCAAGCUAAUGUAUUUUUAUGAAACGUUGCUGUAAUACACCAACCUCAGAUUUUGUCACAAGGUGAACUACUGAAGGUGAACCAGAAACCACACAUGCACCUGUGAGAUCAGAACUACAGAAUAUUUAUUUUAAAAUCAGAUAUAGUACAAUAAAUGAAAACCAGUGUUACUGGUCAUGUUGGCACCAAACACACCUUUCACUGUUUAUAGUUGUCUAAUUGGUGGGCAAGGUGAUUGCUGUACAAAUACAAAGCAAAAUGCUAUUAAUUCCAUAUUUAUUUUGCGACUGACUGAUGCAUGUACAUUAGCAGUCUGAUCAGCU